AUGCACAGAGAGAUGUCCCCCAUCCUUCUCAGUCUCUCUCUGUGAUGAAUGCUGAUUUAGCCCCGUACUUGGUGCUCAUCCUCCCGAUUAACCCUCCUCGGUAUUGAACCAUAUCAUACACUAUACUAUAUAAGAGAGAGAGAGAAAAAUAAGAAAUUAUGAUUCUUGUUUAGUGGAUAAGACCCUCUUAAUCCACUCCAAUUUUCACGGAAAUAUUUUACACACAAGCCAAAUCCUCCUUCAGAUAAGGCACCAAAAAAUUACCACUCAGCUCACCCUAAUCCUUCUGCAAAUCAAGACUAGAGAGAGUCAGAGAAAGAGAGAGAGAAAGAGCUUUCUCUCCAACGUGGUUUCUUCUUACUUACCCGGUUCUCUGUCUCAAACAGAACCAGUUCUUUUUUCAGUUCUCCAGGUAGCAUACCUGGCCGAGAGUCGGAGACUAAUCUUCUUCGAGAUACCCAGACCUGAAUUCUUUUUUUCUUCUUCUUUUUUCAUUGCAUUCUUGAUGGAAUAUUUCUUGAGAGAAAUAGAAGGAAAGCAAGCACACGACCCGUUGUUCAUGAACAACAACAAGUCAUCAUUGUCGUCAUCGUCGUCAUCAUCUUUUUCCACCGUGUGGGUUCAUGGGCCUGUGAUAGUAGGAGCCGGGCCUUCAGGACUCGCAGCAGCAGCAUGUCUCAGGGAGAAAAGUGUCCCAAGCGUGAUACUAGAGCGAUCCAAUUGCAUAGCAUCUCUAUGGCAGCUCAAAACCUAUGAUCGCCUACGCCUUCAUCUUCCAAAGCAAUUCUGCGAGCUUCCCUUCAUGGGGUUCCCUUCUCACUUCCCAACAUACCCUUCAAAGCAACAGUUUGUACAGUACUUGGAGAAUUACGCGGAGAGGUUCGGGAUUAGGCCGAGGUUCAAUGAGACGGUGCAGCAUGCGGAGUUUGAUGCGAAACUCGGGUUGUGGCGGGUGAAGAGCGUCGACAAGGCGGAGAAGACGACGGAGUACGUGUGCCGGUGGCUGAUCGUGGCCACCGGAGAGAAUGCGGAGGCGGUGGUGCCGGAUAUAGAAGGGGUGGAGGAAUUUGGCGCUCCUAUAAAACACACGAGCUUGUAUAAGAGUGGGGAAGAGUUCAGAGGGAAGAGGGUUUUGGUUGUGGGGUGUGGGAAUUCGGGGAUGGAAGUGUGCUUAGAUCUUUGCAACCAUAAUGCUACUCCUUCUCUUGUGGUUAGAGACACAGUACACGUCUUACCACGAGAGAUGCUGGGAAAAUCAACUUUCGGGUUGUCCAUGUGGUUGCUUAAGUGGUUACCCAUCCGACUUGUGGAUCGAUUCUUGCUAAUGGUGUCAUGGCUUCUGCUCGGUGACACUUCUAAAUUAGGAUUGGAUAGGCCGCGUUUGGGUCCCUUAGAACUCAAAAACCUUUCAGGAAAAACCCCUGUGCUAGAUGUGGGUACCCUUGCCAAGAUUAAAGGUGGAGACAUUAAGGUACGUCCAGGCAUUAAGCGGCUUAAACGUCAAACUGUGGAAUUUGUGGAUGGAAGGACAGAGAAUUUUGAUGCAAUCAUAUUGGCAACUGGUUACAAAAGCAAUGUACCCUAUUGGCUUAAGGAAGAAGAUAUGUUCUCUAAGAAAGAUGGGUACCCUAGGAGGCCAUUUCCAAAUGGGUGGAAAGGUAGAAAUGGGCUCUAUGCUGUUGGUUUUACCAAAAAGGGUCUACUUGGUGCAUCCAUGGAUGCAAAGAGAAUAGCUGAAGACAUUGAACAGAGUUGGAAAGCUGGGGCAAAUCAUAGAACUACUUUUGCUCGUUCACACUUGCCGCAACCAAAUUCAUAAUUUAUAGUAUUAAUUUGGUUUUGGCUAGGUGCAAACACACGAAAAGGGGUUCAUCAAAAGAAUGAUAUUGGAAGGAAGGAAGGAAGAAAAAAAAAAUCAUAAUUGAUGUUUGGGUUUGGCCAAGGGGCAAAAGAGAAGAGAUUUGUUGAAGUUGGUACAUAAAUGGAAACGGAGGUUUUUGGUGGUAUUACGCUAUCAUACGUGUUCAAAGCUAGUACCAAAAUGAUGCUCCUCCAAUAUCCAUGCAUGGGUGAAGUGGGCAAAAGCGAAAGAAACAUGAGGAGGAAUUUACUUUGAUGCCCUUCAGCUUAAUUUUGAUGGAAUCAUCGGUCAUGGGGUUGAGAAGAUAUUGAAUUGAAGUUGAAGGAAAGAAAGAUGGCGGAUUUUUCCUGGGGGGACCUAGCUUAGGUCCUGGAUUCUAUGUGCGUCUUGUACAUUGCAUUUUUUUUUUUUUUUUUGCCUAAGUAGGUUUGACUUACAAGAGGGAGAGAGAAAGUAAAAGAGAAACAGAGUUUAAGAGGACAUGUUCAGUUUAACCUAUAUUUCCUUUUUUUUUUCUUUCCCUUUUUCCUAGAACUAGAGUAUAACAUUUUGAUUUUUUUUGGUGGCAUGUUUGGCUCUCUGAAUGCUUAAAUCGUUUGGCUAGGGGUUAUCUUUCUUUGUUUUGUUAACAAACUUUGGAGAAAAAACCAAAAGUCAGUUAAAUGAGAAGGCUAGGGGAAAAAAAAACUUAUAGCUUGGGAUGAAGUGCUAGAUUGUGUACCAUUUUCAUUAUCACUUCCAUGCAAUUUCAUUGUCGAAAUGAUUUCAUUCCAAGUUGGAAUCAGGACCACUCCCUCUUUUCAGCACAGAAGCUUGAGAAUGUGCGUUUGGAAACAGCCAGAAGCAAUUAAUUUCAGGGAAUUACAGUAGAUUUGUUAUCACAUUUAUUAUCUACUCACCAACUUCAUUAAAUUGACACCGCUCUGAGAAUUCAAGCAACGGGAAAUGAUUUGGACAAGCCAUAUGUGGUGGCUUUGCAUCAUCAAUCGCAACCACCCUUUUAGAAUUACCACUCACAAAUAUGAAAUAUGUAAUUGAAAUUUUAAUUUAGUAAACAUUAUUUUACUUUU